AGAAGGUUGUUGGCCCGGCACGAGGACACUUCUUAUGACACGCCUAGAGCUAAAGCAGUCGUUAGGGCUCCUAGAUCUCAAGAUCACAACAUUUACGAGACACCGAGGUACGCUCGACCCGAAAGACGAUUGGAUGCGGUAGAACCACCUACUUCCAUGGCCGGUAUUCAUGGAAGACAACAACAACAGCACCAACAACAGCAACAACAUCAACUUCAACUCCAACAUCAACAUCAACAUCAACUUCAACAUCAAUAUCAACAACAACAUCAACUUCAACUUCAACAGCAACAACAGCAACAACCACUAGACGAGGGUGUCUACGCUGUAGCGGAUGUUACGGGUCUUCGAGAUGAACCACCGGAAAUGUUAUCCCUUUACCGUAUGCAGAAUACACGAAUGAACGUACAGCGCGCCGAUUAUGGUUACGAUUAUGAGUACGAUUAUGAUUACGAGCCUCCACUUCCGGACAAGCCUCACGUUGUUUUCGUUUGAACGAAGAUGUGGAUGGGAAGUGAAUGUGAGACGAACAGAGAUAGAGAUACGUAGAUAGAAACAAAGAAAGAAAGAAAGAAAGAAAGAAAUAGAGAUAGAGGAAAAGAGACAAGAGAAAGAGAAAGACAAAGAAAGAGAAAGAGAAAGAGAGAAUGUGUGUUCCCCUUGAUUUCGUUUUACGUUAAAAUGGUCUCGACCAAAUCGAGAUUCCAAUCGCGCUUUUCCAACGAAUAUCUAUCUAUCUCUAUCUUCUCUCUCUCUCUCUCUCUCCCUACCUCCUUCACUCCCUUAACCUCUUUCUCUCUCUCUCACUCGUCGUUUCGUUCGACGAGAACAGCUGCGCUUCUUCGAUCUUUUCGAGAGCCAACUUACUCGCCUCUCCGUUCGCGUAUAGUGACUUUGGAAAUGUCUGAGAUAGCUCGUCGAUACCUAUUGUGUGUGUCUUCUUCUUCUUCUUUCCGUGUGCGCGUGUCUAUACGUAUUCGUAUCUACUACAUGUUUGAUUAGAUUUUAUAUAUAUAUAUACAUGUUUUUUUUCUGUUGUUAUUUCUUUAUUUUUAUUUUAUUAUUUUCUUUCUCUCUCUCCCUCUCUCUCGCGCCUCGUCGUCGUUGUAACCGGAUAGAAAAGAAACUUUUGAAAGACACUUCGACGAUCGGACAACGCGAUACGAUCCGUGAUAUCGAAUAUCGGUUAUCGACUACGAGGUCCGUUACAUCCAUCCAAUCCGUUAGGUCGCACUAUUUAUUUCAAUAUAUUCACGAGUUUCGUUUCGAAUUUGUCUAAGAAUUUUUCUCUUUUUAUUUUAUUUUAUUUUAUUUUUUUUUUUGUUCUAUCCCAUAGAUAUGCACGUAGUGUAGGUAUACCUCUCUCUCUCUGUCUAUUUUUGUCCUAUUUAUUUUUUUGUUUCUUGGAGAGAUACGAGGAGGAUAUUUUUUUUUAUUUACAUAAAUUCCCUUUGAGAAAGAGAGAAAAUUUCGUUGUCGUCGUCGUCGUUCACCCAUACCAAUAGAGAAUUUAGAUUCCGUAUAGUACUAGUAUAUGUAAGAGUAACAGCAGUAGCAAUAGUAAUAGUAACAGUAAUACUAGUAAUGGCAGUAGAAGUAGUAAUAGUAAUAGUAAUAUUAGCAGCAACAUUAGUAGUAGCAACUGCAGUAGGUCCCGGUCAAAGGCUCGACGUAUCAGCAGGAAAAACAGCAAUUCACGAUUUUUCCUACCACCUCGAAGUUCGAAGACGAUCGAUCGGCGUACUCGAUGACGUAACACGUUGAAUUUUCUCUCUCUCUUUCAUCUAUCUUUUUUUAUCUUCUCUCUCUCUCUCUCUCUCUCUCUCACUCUCUCUUUUCAUCUUUCUUUCUCUCUCUGUCUAUUUCACUCUUGUUCCGGGAGUGGCACAGGCAUACGCGAAACGUAAAUGAAAGAAAAUGAAAUGUCUUCCGAGAUAGUUGCGCCGCUAGGAUAACUAGGAUGCAUUCUCAACUUGAGGGAGCACAAUCCACACCACGUGUAUAUAUAUAUAUAUAUAUAUAUAUAUAUAUAUAUAUAUGCAUACAUAUAUACAUAUAUAAAAUAUAUAUGUAUAUAUAAAUAAUUAUAUAUAUAAUAUAAUAUAAUAUAAAUAUACAUAUAUAUAUACAUAUAUAUAAUUAUAUAUAUAUAUAUAUAUAUAUAUAUAAUACACAGCGUUGUAAAUUAUAUAGAAAAGAAAGAAAGCAAAAAAAAAGAAAAAAGAAAAAAAUAAAUAAAUAAAACUCAUCUCGCGCAUCCGAUAAAAAUCGAGAGAAGAGAGGGUAAAAGCUGCCGUUCGUAUUUAUUUUCGUAAAGCUAGCUAGCGGAGUCGAAGCUGGCUCGAAUGGACGGAUGGACGGAUGGAUGGGAUGGAUGGACAGAUGAACGGACGGAUGGAUGGACGGACGGACGGACGGAUGGGUGGAUGGACGGAUGGAUGGAUGGAUGGAUGGAUGGAUGGAUGGAUGGAUGUUCGGAUGCGAGUGCAACGCACCUAACAAACGUUCAUUUUGCAAUUUAAAGUUAGACGAAUUGGUUGGAUCAAAGCAUUGGGGGAAAGAGAAAGAGAGAGAGAAAGAGAGAGUGUAUGAGAGUGAAAGAGAGACAGAGAGAAAGAGGCAGAAAGUCUCUUUCUCUUUCUGUUUCUAUCUUUCUCGUUUGUCCGUUUCAAACCCGUCUAGAGUGUGUAGCGAAAUUAGAUUAUUUCUCUUUCUCUUUCUCUCUCUCUCUCAGUCACUUUCACAUUCUGUCUUUCUCUUUCUUUCUUCCCUUCUAAAUCUCUAUCCCGCUAUUUAUCUCUAUCUCUUUAUCUCUUCAUUCGUUCAACAUCGUUUGAAAAUCGAGAAAUCUCUCUAUGAAAGAUUUCUCGAUGAACGAUCGGCUACCUCAAGUGUACGUCCCCACUAACCCCUUCCCCCACCACCAACGCGAAGGACGACGAUUUACAUCGGGAAAUAUUGCUUUCACACGUUCCUUUAAAAAACGAUCCUGCCAAAAAUUGAUGAUGCCCAAUAAUAACGUACGAUCUUCGAAGGCGCAAAUAUACGAAAGAAAAAAAAGAAAAAUAAGAAGGAGAAGUUUCUCGUACGGACUAUGUCAAAUGUGAAAUUCAAUCGAGACUCGAAAUCGGCCCACAUCUAUAAUACCAUUUGAAAGUCGUCAGACAUCGAGAACGCGAUAUCGAUUUAUCUAUCGAUUUAUCUAUCUAUUUAUCUAUCUAUUAUUCUAUCUAUCUAUCUAUCUAUCUAUCUAUCUAUCUAUCUAUCUAUCUAUCUAUCUAUCUAUCUAUCUAUUUAUCGAUCGAAUAAAAAGAUCUUUUGAAUGAUGAUAAGGUCGCUAUCGCGCGUAAUCGAAUCCGACGAUUUAUCUAUUAACUUACAAUUAGCCGAAUUUUUUGGCAGGGAAGACACGCUUAAAAGGGAACAAAAACUUAAGUUUAGUAAUCCGCGCGUAAUAUUUAAAACAAGCAGCAGUCCGUUCAAUACGCCAAAUGGCGGGCAUUAUUGCGAAAGGUCCUUCUUCAAGAGAUUUGUAAAUUGAAGCAAUAAUAAUAAUAAUAAUAAUAAUAAUAAUAAUAAUAAUAAUAAUAAUAAUAAUAAAACUAAUAAUUAUUAUUAUAAUAACGAUGAUGAUGAUAUUACUAUAAUAAUAUUAACAAUAGUACUAAUAAUAGUAAUAAUAAUAAUAAUAAUAAUAAUAAUAAUAAUAAUAAUAACAAUAAUAAUAAUAACAGAUACGAAUUUUGUCAUUAGGUAUAUACACAAUUAAUACUGAAUAAUAACAUGCUAUAUAUAUAUAUAUAUAUAUAUAUAUAUAUAUAUGCGAAAACGACAAAAAAAAAAACACAUUUAUAUACAAAUUACAAAUAUAAGCUUAUAUAUAUAUAUAUAUACACAUAUAUGCAGUAUGUAUAUAUAUAUAUAUAUACAUAUCUACAAUAUAUAUACAUACACGCAACACGCAAAUAUAUAUAUAUAUAUAUAUAUAUUUAUUUAUUAAUUUAUAAUGUUAAGUUUGACAAAGGAAAAAAAAUAUGUAUUACGUUUAGAGUUACGAGUGAGAAAGGAAAUGCAAAUAUUAAAAUGAAUAUGACGAUAAUGAUGAUAAAGAAAAAUGAUGAUAAGGCGAAUGAGAAAUAUACAUGCAUUAUUCGGUGCAGUAAUAUAACGAAAAUGUGUACGUUUCCGUUUCAACGGGACUUUGAAAAAUCCAAAAGCUUCGUAUUCGUGUGUAUGUACUUCGCAAAUUCGACGGCAACUUAAAAGGAGGAGAUGCCGUAAGGAGGAAGUGAAGAAGAAAAAGAAGAAGAAGGAGGAGCAAAAGGAGAAGAGGGAGAAGAGAAGCUAGCUAUCCGAGAGACGAGAACAACUUCGGAUCGAAAUUCUCGAUAGAAAUGUCCGGACGACUUUGCGAAUGCACACUCUCUCGCCUACCUGUUUCGUAUCUCUUUUGUCGUUCGCCUAUGACUACCCCCAACCCCUAACCUCGCAACCCCCAACCUUCAACCCCCAACUCCCCAACCCCGAGCCUCAACUCCUUUAAAAGAAGUUGCAUUCGUGACACGCUUACACGAGUCGAGUUUUCUAACGACGCCAGAGAGAAGCUUGCUUCUCUCUAACGAGACGAGAGAGAGAGAGAGAGAAAGAGAGUGAGAGAGAAUGAGAGUAUGUGUAUAUGAGAGAGAGAGAAAGAGAGAGAGUCCAACGACAACGCCUUUUUUUUCUUUCUUCUUAGCUCUCGUAGAAGGAACGAUCGAUUCAGAAAAAAAGAAAAAAUAAAAAAAAGAAAAAAGGAAGAAAAAGAUAAAGAAAAUAACGCGCACACACAUACACACACACAUAUACAAGGUCCCCAUCGAGAGAGAUAUUUUUGGAACGACCGAUCUAAAUGAAAAUCAAGAAAAUAAUAUUCGGAGACCGAAUAAUCUCGAAUUGGAUUUUUUUGGGAUAUAUAUAUAUAUAUAUAUAUAUAUAUAUAUAUAUAUAUAUA